AAUACUGCAGGGAGAUAGCAGAAAAUGCACACACUCUGACACUAGUGCAGGAGGGUAGGCUGAGCUAGAGCCAAUAGGAUAACGCGCCCACUAAGGGCACUGACUAACCACAGCAGAGAACGGAAUACAGCAAGCGUUAGCUCCGCCUCCAUGCAGAGCUUGUUGGGAAGCGGUUUGAAUCAGUGGCGGGUUCGGCCCGUACGGUCGCAACUGCUGUAGCUGAGUCCGCACAAUCACCGCCGCCCCCGCACCGUGACCCGUCUCUGCUGCGCUUAGCAUGGAGUCGGCGGAAAGACAGCAGCGUAGUUCGCUUGAGGCCAGUAUUCUGUCCCGAGCGCAGGAGGACCCGGAGCAGGCAGAGACAUUUGAGAGAUAUAUCCGAAAGGCCAAGCAAGAAGCAAAGAAUGGAAACCUGUUGAAGUCAAUAGAAUAUUUUAAAAAAGCAGAUGGCAUACAUCCCAGUGAAAAGUUAAAAGGUCGCAUAGCAAAGCUCGAUGAGGCUCUUCGAGAACUUACACUCCAAACUGAACAAGAUGAUGAGUUUAUAGAUGUGUUAGACAGCGGCUUGAUGCUCUACAAUGAAUUGUAUAAUAAGUUAUUUUUACAUCAGAGAGAGGGUGUAGCAUUUCUGUACAGUCUACACAGAGAUGAAAGAAAAGGUGGCAUUCUGGCAGAUGACAUGGGUCUUGGAAAGACGAUCCAGGUUAUUGGCUUCCUUUCUGGAAUGUUUGAUGCUGAAUUAGUAAAUUUCAUAUUGUUAAUUAUGCCAACAACUCUAAUCAGCAAUUGGGUAAAGGAGUUUGAAAAAUGGACUCCAGGCAUGAGAGUAAAUGAAUUUCAUGGUACAAGUAAGAAAGAGAGAUCAAGAAACCUUGAAAAAAUCCAGAGAAAGGGUGGUGUUCUUAUUACCACCUACCAAAUGUUAAUUAAUAACUGGCAACAGUUGUCUACAUACAAUGGUAGAGAGUUUACUUGGGAUUAUAUUAUUUUAGAUGAGGCUCAUAAAAUCAAAACAUCAUCGACAAAGACCGCUAAAUCUUGCUCUGCAAUUCCUGCCAAAAACCGCAUACUUCUCACAGGAACACCUGUCCAAAACAAUCUGCAUGAGAUGUGGGCUCUCUUUGACUUUGCCUGUCAAGGGACACUACUGGGUACCUCGAAGACAUUUAAAAUGGAGUAUGAAAAUCCCAUUACAAGGGCUAGAGAGAAAGAUUCUACACCAGGUGAAAAAGCUCUCGGGCUGAAGAUAUCCGAGAACCUCAUGAAAAUUAUUCAGCCUUAUUUUCUAAGACGUACAAAGAAUGAUGUACAGAGUAAAAAGGUAGCGGACCAGCAGACAAAGGAGUCAAAUAUUGACGUUCCUACGAUGCCUUCUCUUACACGAAAAAAUGACUUCAUAAUAUGGGUGUAUUUAUCUCCCAUUCAGGAAGACGUAUACCGAAAGUUUAUAUCUCUGGAUCAAAUUAAGGAAUUGCUAAUGACUACUAGAUCUCCUCUAGCAGAGUUGAAUAUUCUGAAAAAGCUGUGUGAUCAUCCCAGACUUCUAUCUGCAAGAGCAUGUGUUCAGCUUGGUUUGGAAGGGGAUGGAACAGAGGAAAAUGCUCUUGAGGCCAUCACAAAAUAUGACCACCUUUCUGACGAGGCUUUGAUUGAGGAGUCUGGAAAACUCAUGCUUUUAAUAGAUCUCCUCCACAAACUGAAAGAUGAAGGACACAGAACUCUUGUUUUCUCCCAGUCACGAAAAAUGCUUGACAUGAUUGAUCGCAUCUUGAAUAAUAGAAGUUUUAAGGUCUUGCGUGUUGAUGGAACAGUUUCGCUAUUUGAUCGUCAAAAAAGAAUAAGCACAUUUCAGAGUAACCGUAGCUUUUCAGUGCUGCUGUUGACUACACAAGUCGGAGGCGUCGGAUUAACCCUAACUGCAGCUGACCGUGUGGUUAUUUUUGACCCCAGUUGGAAUCCAGCUACUGAUGCACAAGCCGUUGAUAGAGCAUAUAGAAUAGGACAGCAGGAAAAUGUAGUCAUUUAUAGACUUAUAACUUGUGGCACAGUGGAAGAAAAAAUAUACAGAAGACAAAUCUUCAAAGACUCCUUAAUAAGGCAAACAACGGGUGACAAGAAAAAUCCCUUUCGCUACUUUUCAAAGCAAGAACUGAAAGAACUAUUUUCUUUAGAAGAUACACGGACCUCUUCAACACAGAUUCAGCUUCAGAAUAUGCAUUCAUCCCAGAGGAAAACUGACACUAAUCUUGAUGAACAUAUAGCUUACUUGCAUACUCUAGAGAUUUUUGGAAUUUCUGACCAUGAUCUGAUAUAUACACAUGAGGUGUCCUCCCAAGAUGAAGAAGAUGAAUGUGAAGGCCAAUACAUUCAAGAGAGGGUGCAGAAAGCUCGUGAGCUAUUACAGAUGGAAUCUCAAAUGAAUGAGCAAUUAAUGGAACAGAUAAGAAAGGGAUCUGAAGGAGCAUGGCUACGGCCAAAUGUGUUUCCUGAAAAAUCGAAACACAAAAAUCCUCAAAUUAAUAAACCCCUUCUCUCUCCCCAUAAAACCAUAGACCUUACAGACUAUGAUGUUGCAAAUGUAAGUUCUCAUAUGGAAAGUUUAUUGAUAGAUGUUAGUGGAGAUGAAGAAGAAAAUCUCCAUCCUGUUCCCCUUAAAAGGCAAUCGCCAAAUGAUGACAACUCCCAGAUGACCAGUUUGAUCAUUGAAGAUUCUGUUGAUGAAGAAAAUCUGCCAUUUGUUCCAUUUAAAAAGGAAUCUCCAAAAGAUGUAAAGUGCCACAUAACCAAUUUAGAAGAUUCUAGUGAAGAAGACAUUUUACUUCCUUGUCCAUUUACAAAAGAAUCCGCCAAUCUGAAUAGAAUUUGUCCAUCAAAUGGACAUUUUGCUGAAGUGGAUUCUGCUCCAAAAGUUUCACUAGUUGGCAAUUCGUUCACUAAUACAGGUUUAAAUCUGUCAGAAAGCUUGACCAUCAAAACUACAGAACAAGAACAGUCUUGGAUGGAAGAUACUAGUAUGAACUUCAAAGAAGAAACUUAUUUGUCUCCUUCAAAGGCUCAGUUACCAUGUGACUUCAAUCUAGUGUUAGAAGAUUCUUUGGAAAGAGAGGAGCAUCUUGUUUCCGUGGGUGAAAUGGGAAGUAUGAUGGAAACAUCUGAGGCACUGCAGAAGGAAGCUAUACUAGUAUUAGAUGGCUCUGCAGAAAAUAUGAGUCAAGAAGGCAACAACUUGGAAACUUCCAUGGAACAUGAAAUUAAAAAUGAAAGCGAUAAAAUAAAGUAUUCAAUACGCCAACUUGAAGACUGCUCAAAAAUUCUAGAGAGAUCUCACAAUGAAAUGGAUGUAUUAAACUCUUUUCAGGAAACUAAUGAUGGUUUUAAAAUGAAUGCUUCCAUAGAUGAUGACGAAGAGGAAGGCAAGGAGAUAUUUUUCUUUACAAAGCGUAAAGUUACAAGGAGAAUAUAUUCAGAAAGUGAGCCAGAAAUCUCGCAAAAUGAGGGUAAUAUGGUGUUUUCACCUUUCAGCAGCCCUUCAGUGAAAGCAGUGAGUGCAUCAACUCCGAAGUUAGAAAAAUCUAUCUCUGACAAACUCUUUCUACAAACCAGUUUUUCAGGGAGACGCAGGUCUAUUGCUUCAAGAAGAUCUCUCGUUUAUGUAGCUGUAGAGGAAGCAACAGAUGUUCAAGAAAAUAUUGAUGAUGAAGACGAGAGUGAGGAUGAGGAAGAAGAUGAAUUUAUAAAGGCUGAAGUUAAAGAAGUUGAAGAGGUGCAGAUUGAAUAUAUUGAAGAGGAACCAGCUGGAGAAACUCUCUUUUCGACUUCAGGAGAGGAUUCUAAACCUAAUAACUUUCUUGUCAAAAGCUCUUAUACUGAAGACUCCACAAACGAAUCUACUGAUGAAGUGGAACUCCUUUCUGAUGAACAAGUUGAUUACCUUGCAAAAGAAACAAAAACUACCCAAAUAAAUGUUUCCCAUCAUGAAGACACUUACUCUAAACUGGUUAAACGUGGCAAGGAACUUAAAGAUGAUGGUCAUGUGAAGGAAGCUUUGGAUUGUUUUUUAAAAGCACUUGACAUUAAAUCGGGAGACCCUGAAGUAAUGAUGAUUACUUUGAGUUUGUACAGACUGCUUUCCUAAAAGUAGAAAACCCCCCCAGAAAAAAAGCAAUAUCUGGUCUGUUAUAAUGUGUUGAAAUAGUUUACCUUUAGCACUGUUUAUUGUAAAUACACCCUAUUAAAAUACUGAAAUCAUUAAAUGAAUAA